AGAUGAUGCAAGAACUCAACAACAGCAAUAUCUACUCUUCUUCAUAAUUUAAUCUAACCCCACCCAUCAUAUCUCAUAAUAUAUGCUUUAAUCAUACCACAAGUCAACUGCUACUUAAUCUUAACCACCUUCAGGUUCAAUGUUUGGACGAACAGAUAUAAUUAUGAAAUUCGAGGAUUUCUUGUUGCAGAAGCCAUGUGAUCACCCGAAGCAGCAGAAAAGGCUCGAGCUUCAACAAGAGGUGGGUAAAUUGCAGGACGAAUUAGAUGCAGAAUUAAAACUCAGCAAUCUUUUGACAUGUGCACUGCAGAAAGACCCUCCUCCUGUUCUUCCCUGUUCAUGCCUUGUUCACAAAUUCAUUCCUUCCAAGGUUCAGAUGCUUCUCAGAGAGCUUUCUAUAGUGGAGAAAGACAUAGUAAGCCUAGAGAGACAAGUAGAUAAGUUGAAGCUGGAGUUAAACCAAGAGAGGAAAAACCAACCGUCGUCACUCACUCGACAUAGACGUCACAGGCAACACUACUCCUACAAAUCAUCGUCAAGAGGGAGAAGGGCAUCUGUCGAUUCUUCCAUUGACGACGUUCAAAGCUUGCCUGGGUUGAUUUAUGAGACGCCACAACAAAGUAAUGGAAUCGAACCAAAUAAAAUCUCACAAGAACUGGUUAACUGCCUGAUAAGCAUCUUUCUCCAUCUUAACCAGGGUUCUACUGCCACUAUGAGCAACAACAGGGGAUCUAGCAUUAUCCCAAAGCAUUCUAUCUCUUGCAUGAGCUCAAAGGGGUUAAUCUCAAAGGCCUCAUUGAUCAAUUCAUGUAAAGCACCUGUAUUAUCAUUUGAUAACAACAAUUUAAAUAUUAUAGUAGACCCUUAUGGGGUACUGCCAGAUUUCAACGGGGUAAUAAGAGAUAUCGGUGAAUAUAAGCAUUUCAUCCAAAUCACGAGAAAUUCUAUGGACAGAAGCCGCGUUCCUGAUUGUUUUCAAGCAAUGGGUAGACUAAGGGCGUUGAUGCAUAAACUGAGCAAUGUGGAUUUGACAUUGUUGACAUACAAGCAAAAACUAGCAUUCUGGAUUAACUUAUACAACGCCUGCAUCAUGCAUGCAUUUUUGGAACAUGGGUUGCCUUCCACGCAUGAGAAACUCUUGGCACUUAUGAAUAAGGCUGCGGUGAACGUGGGAGGGAUCAUUCUAAAUGCUUUGGCCAUUGAACAUUUCAUUCUUCGGUGCCCAUCUGAUACAACAAAUGGCAUAGCAGAUGAGAAGGAAGUUCUUCUACGGCAUGCCUAUGGUCUGGGGUACCCGGAGCCAAACGUGACAUUUGCCCUUUGCAGGGGAAGCUGGUCUUCGCCAGCGCUACGAGUGUAUACAGCGGAUGAUGUGGUGGAUCAAUUGGGAAGAGCGAGAGUUGAGUAUCUGGAAGCUGCGGUUGGGGUAACGAGCAAGAAGAAGGUGUUGGUGCCGAAGCUUCUGCAAUGGCACAUGAAGGAUUUUGCGGACGAUAUGGAAUCAUUGCUCGAAUGGAUUUACAGUCAAUUGCCUCCUCAUUCUGGGUCGUUGAAGAAGUUAAUGAUGGAAUGCGUAAUUGGAGAAACGAAAUCCCCUUUAUCGAGAAUGGUGGAAAUUCAACCCUAUGAUUCUGAAUUCAGGUAUUUGCUUCAAUCGUGAGCCUAGCCAAGGAAAAACUUCAAGACCAGUUCUUGAAUUUAGUUAGCUUGUUUCUUUGUUUUUGUAUCUAAAAUUGUUUGUUGAUGAUGAUGCUAAUAAAACAAAUAAACCUAAUUCUUAGAGAAUUUUAAAUAAUUUAUAAUUUAAGAAUGAAGAGAUUUUUAAUAACUA